CUGGAAGAUGAAAGUCUUAAUCUCGAUACAGAAUGCUUACUGCAAAGGCUAGAGCAAUGUUUUUCCAUGUGUCCAAUUGAGUUGCUCGACGAGAAAAUUUUUAGAAAAGUUUUGUCGGAAGCUCAGUACUUUCUGUCGCAGGUCAUAAAAGCCAUAGAUGACAUAAUAAUAGACGAUAAUACGGGACUCGAUGAUUUGGAUGGCAUCAAGUAUAAAUUGCAAAUUUGCGAUGGACUUCUCGCUUUUUGGAAGAAAUGCGUGGAACGCGUUUCUGCCCUUGAAAAAGUUCAAGCUGCCUAUGUAGCAUCGUUAUGCAAUAUUCUACCAGAAACGACAAGAAUGAUUUUUGAGCAUUGCAAAGCCAGUCCAAAAUAUGGAGCGCUAUUGAGCGGUGCGAUGCAAGAAUUGAAGAAUCUGUUUGCGAAAGCUAGCGAGGUCUUCAAGCUAUUCUUUGCCACUUUGAACGGCGUAAUCGUCUUCGACACGGACGUGCAAUCGGAAACGGAGCUGUUGACGAAAGUGGUCGAUGCUUACGGUAACAUCGCUUCUAUUGCGAAUGGAAUGGAUACCAAGACAUUUGUUGAGUUAUCCGAGGCAUUUGCUAAGCUGGCCAUUGUUCAUCAGAAUGAAAUCAAGUCAAAUAACAUCAUGACAUAUCUCAUUCGAAUGACGAAGGAAACGUCUUGCCUUUUUUCCGUCAUCAAGGACCAGAACGAUAAAAGCGCAGAACGAAAUGUAAUGGUUGCUAUGCGCUUGCUGAGAAUCCUCGAGAAAUUAACAUCAUCUUACGAUGCCUCUCUCACACAUGAAAUGAUAUCAGACUUAAUAGAACUUUUGGCACGAAUACACGGAUACUGCUGCUUAACAAAAGGUAGCGAAAAAACAAUCUUGGCUGGCGCUACGUCUUUUUUAAGUAUCAUUUUUAAUCAUAACGAUUUCAAACAGGUAUAUUUUGAAUACGGAAAGCAAAUUGUUCCACGUGAUCAGUAUGUACAUAGAUUAAAUUAUCAUUUACUGACAAUUGCUAUCAUGAAGAAACUAAAUGGCAUGCCAUAUGAACACCACUGUAAAUGGUCUUUAGGCUCAGAUUCGAUUUUGGACGUUGCUUUCACAUUUAUAGAUUAUCUUGAAGAAGAAAUUUGCGCUGAAGAUCUGCGACUGCCAGGCGUUUGCGGGAUUGGCGAACGGAUACGUUUCGUUAACAUUUACGAAGCGACUCUGGUAUCCGUUUGCAAUUUGGCUAGUCAGAUUCCUCCGGAAGGCUUCCACGCACUUGAACUGCUUCUACUAAAGCAUUUACUGUCCGGUAAUUUUUGGAGUUCCCUAUUAAGCUCGGAUGUUUGGUGCUUCAUUGGCAGACUCGGCUCUUCACAAUUGUGCGUCGAUCAUAUUAAACAUUUGAUUAAAGUUUCUGCCGCCUUGAUAGAACGACAUGAUAGCAUAGAAGCAAUUAUGUUAAAUAAUAUGAUCAUCAGAUUGUACGAUUUACUGAACGAAGACAUGAAAUCCACUGUGUUUGAUAACCUUAUCAACCUGGAUACAGAUUAUUAUGCUUCUAUCCUAUAUUUUUUAAUGGCAAAAACCAAAUCUCUUUCAUCGGAACGAUUAAAGCAUAAAAUCGAGGAUUUGCCGAAAGCUUUCUUAGAUUUGUAUACUCAUCCUUCUACUUGUAAUUGGAAACGGCUUGUACAAAUCAUGUCCGUUAUGAUAGCGGUAAAUUACAGUGAUAACAGGGAUGUUAUCAACGUUCUAACUAAAAUAUGGAAUUUCAUUGCAAGUGCGAUUAUCGAAUGCGAGGAUAAACAACUGGAUCUACUAUCCAAUUUAGUUGUUAUCUUGUUGGACGCUACUUGUCUCAAAUAUCUUCAUGAUGACAGCUUUUGUACGGUUCUUACAUCUAUCACAACUUCAUGCGUCCAUCUACCGCCUCAAGGCAAGAUCAAAAUCUGUCAUUUUUUACGACAGAAUGUCGAGAAUCUCGGUCGUUGCAGUGUCCAAAAUGUUACGUCUACUUUGAUUGAAUUGUUCAGUCAUAUACUAGAAGACGAGGAUCCUUGGGUACGUCAAGAAGCUCUGGAGACCUUUGAGCACGUGGGACAUAUGUGCUUGGAGCAGCUAGUCGCCGAAAUAGCGAAGGCUUUAGCAAAGAUAUUCGGCAUCAGCGAUAUUAUGCAAGCCUACUUAUCCUCGAGACCAUACUAUGUUUUCAAGGGUUUUACGAAUAUACAAGAUUAUCUUAGAUAUUUGGCUAAAACUAUUCAAAAUCAUGGCGAUGAACACAGAUGCCAUGAGUACAACGAAAUUCUAAUAAUGAUAAACGAAUAUAAGGAAUCCGAGAGAAAAGACAAGAUGCUGAAGCUGGAUGAGGAGAAAAACUCGUGUGAAAUCAUCAUGCCAAUGUCAAUACAGUUGGACGAACAAGCAGAAAUACUGUAUAAAGGAUUGAUGAAGGUUUUAGAAGAUCAGGCUGUUAUCAGUGAGGCGAUGUGCAGAAAAUUGAUUACCAUUCUCGAAAAAAUUACCCGAGUUCAGAAAAACAAAAAUUCCCAGAACUGAUAGUUUAUUUUUGCGAUAUAAAAAUAGAUAAUAUAUAAUAUAUAGUCUCUAUCAGUGAUAAAGAUGAAGCGACAGUUUAUCAAAAUAGCAGUAAAGUAAUUGG